GUUGUUGGAAUAGCACAUACAUUCCUUAGUCUAAUGUCCGAUGAUCGCUGAGAAACUAACAUAUAAUUGCUCUGGUCUACUGAAAGUCGUAACAACAUUCUAGAAAAAUGAGUAAUCAGCGGCAAAUAGCUAAAAAAGCCCCAUCCCAGGCGUAUCAAACAUUACAAAAUUCAAGUUGUGGCGAAAAACAUUCCAACCUGAGUGGGAGUCCAAGCGAUGGGGAGAUCAACGAUGAAACCAAUUUAACACUGUUGCACUUAUGCAAAUUGUUUGACGAGUUUAUCAAUCUCAAACCAACUAUGGGAGAUACAGAUAGGGAUAGAAGAUUGUAUCAAAUGUUACCACUAUACUGUAACGUAUUUAGCCACUUGCAACGGUACGACGAGGUAAGCCCAAGUGGAGGACAUACCGCACCCCUAGUGUCCUGGGAUAGUCAAUCUGCCUUCUGUUAUCACGUUAGUCGUCUGCUAGCCAGAGAAAUAAAGCGCAGAGCAUCUAACCAAAGCACAGAAACCGCCUCAAAGACUAUAGCAUGUUUUUUGGAACUCCACGAUGUGCAUGGUAAUGACGAGCCAGGGAACGGUUGGAUUCUUCUAACGGCUAUCAGCUUAAUGGCUACCACGAAUCACGACAGUUCAUUGCAUGAGAUAAUGAUUAACGCAACGCUUCCUUCCACGUUGAUCCGUUGCAUUUAUUUGUUUCUCGAUCUUCCAGAGGCAAACAAAGACAUUUUAUCAGACAAUAUUUCGAACAGUAUUGGUUUGGAUCGGCGGGUAUUAUUAUAUAAUGCAUUUUCCCAGAUUUUGUUGAAACUUUGCGCACACCCUCUAGCAGCGGAAGAGUUGAUAAGAAUGGACGACUUAACCUUAUUGUUCUCUACCGUGACGGCGCAAUACGCUCCAUGCAACACCCAGUGGCGUUCACUAGCUCGCGAGGUUCUAUGCACCAUAGCUCGUCAUGGCUUAAACGAAAAUGUGAUAGAAUAUGUGCAUGCAAAAGGAUGCAUGGCAUUGUGCUUGGACAAUAUGCAGCGAACAAUCAGUUUCAAACCGCUAGAUACGGUUGAAAUGUUAUUGGCGAUUUUUGGAUUCCUCCGUCAAUCAUCGCGCCUGUCUCAAGUUUUAUUAGACGACUUCAAGCAGUGUCAGGGAUACUUGUUUCUAGUAGACUUCUUUCUCAAGAUAGAUCAAGAUAAGAAGCUUCUCACCCCUGACGCGGAACACGGGGGAUCCGUGGCUGAGGAAUCUUUCCGUAAGCUCAUACCCAUGAUCGUUUCUUGGUGCAGCUGUGGCUACUCGCAGGCACCUCCGUUACAUCCCCUUCCGGACAAUAAGAAAGCACAAUUGCAGUUACAAGGAUUCAGAAUGCCUCACGUAACAUCGAAAGGCACGUGUGUGCGUAAUAUAUACGCCUUCCAAGUCUUGCAAACAGUAUUUCUUCGCUCGACAAAUGCAUCGCUCUGCUGCACGAUCUUGGACGCAAUCAUGGUGGUCUACCGUAAUGACGAUGCCAAUUACUUUAUUUUGGAGUCCCAAAAUACGCUGUGCCUGUUUGCAGAAAAGAUACACCAAAAGCAGUCAACGGUGCAAUUAAAAUUUUUCGAACUGAUUGAAUUCAUAGUUUUUCAACUCAAUUUCAUACCCCGCAAGGAGUUGAUAGCGCUUUCGGUACUGUUGAAAACGAAUCAAGCAAUAGAUACCAGCAUUACGUGCACUCGGACUUUUUUGCAUCUUUUAAGUCACAACAAUAUUUUUAACGAUGUGUACAGAGAAGUCGGAAUCUUGGAAGUUUUCACCACCUGCAUGAAGCGUUACAAAGAGUUUUUGGAAAAAAAUACGACACGAGAAUCGAUAAAUGCAGAUGUCGCCCGAGAUAUUGUUAAAGAUAAUCCACCGGAAACCGAUCCACAAGAAAUGCUGGGGCGUCUCGUAAUGGAAGCGAUUGUGCUUUUGCUCAGUGGCAAUAGCAAUAAUACAUCCGUUUUCAAAAACAGCGGUGGAAGCAAGUGCAUAUAUGAAAUGAUCAAGUUCGACCAUUGCAACAGCGUUGUUUUAAAAAUUGUAAAGGAGCUCGUUUCAACUGCUGGAGGAGAAGAUGAUAUGCUACACUUACUUAAAUCUAUCAACACAACCACAGAGCCACUGACAACCAGCAUUUCCAUGCGUAUUCAUGUUUUAUACGCAUUGAUUGAUUGUCUUAAAGAAAGUCACCGUACGAGAUCGUUUUUUCGGAAGGUCGGAGGAUUUGUGUACGUUGUGAAUGUGCUAGACAUGCUGAGAGGCCAAUUUAACGAUCGACAAUCUAACUACCCAUCAAGCAAAGAUCACAUAAGAUUGUUUCGUGUUGUAUGUCAAACGCUAAAUGCGGCUAUGCGAUUCGAACCAGCAAAUGCUAAAUAUUUUCAAAACGAGAUAGCGAAUACACUCUUCUACCAGGCCAUACAGGAUUUGGGAUGCUUCUCUAAAAAUGAGUACAUUAAUUCCUACGAACGGGGUACUGGGAAUACAGUUACCACUGGCGAUGGGCCCGAUACCUGGGCGGUUGAUCAUAAUUUGGUAGAAACGUAUUCGAAAGUGUUUAAAGCAGAUAUUAGGAAUGAUCUCUUCAGUGACAAACAUCACUUAAUUGUUGAUAUGCCCCGUUCAUUGGUUGCUAUCUGCAUAAUAUAUCGAUCGUUGUAUGAUAUAGUUCUGGAUGGAUUUGAUAGACCUCAGAUGGUCGACACCUUGCACUAUACGCACAACAAAACAAACGCAGACAAUAACUCUGAUUCUUCAACUGCCUCUUCUGCCGCAAUCAUCAAUGAGACACAUUCUUCUUCCGUGCUGACACCAACAGCGUUGAACGUAAUCGAUAACGUCAUAGUACAUCCAAGCGUGAUUGUUUGCAUGCUAAAAUUGCUCCCUUCCGUCAAGGAGGAGCAACUUUCGUCAGAGGCUGACACGACCAUCUGGAAAUCGUCAACUACUAGGGCGAUCGCGCUGCAAUAUUUUCUCUCCGAGGUUAUUAAGUCAUUUGUUCGUAGCGAGCGCAAUCAACAAAUCAUGUGCGAUGGCGGAUUAAAUGAGUGUCUCUUGCGCAUCUGCAAGGUAGCUCUGGUGGACGAACGUCAUCCGCUGCACACGUCGUUGCAGUACAUCUUCGAGCGUCUCGCGGUACAAGCGCUGAUGCCGAAGGAAUUGCGCACGUUUCUUCGAUUGAACCUAAACAUCGACAUGUGCACAAAGGACGAUGAAAAGACCAGCGAAUCGAUGCAAUCACCCACAGUACCGUUGACUCGCGUGAAAACGUUGGUAUCAAUCACCACUCCACGUGACUUCCGAGCACACGGUUCUUUCACGCAGCCACCGUUUAUCGAAAUGGACAUGUCGACAGAAGGGUUUGCGUGUCUUUUCUUUCCAAACAUCGCACCCAACCAAUCGAAUCCACAUCUACACAAUUCUACCGCUCAUCACCAUCUGCAUGGAUCAGUCGGCAUGGGGCUAGCGAGCAUGGACGGUGGAGCUGGCGCUGGCGGAGCAGGGGCUGCACUCGGUUUCGGGGUCGGAUACGGCUCGGGACAGCAUGGUGGCGGUGGUGGAAGUAGUUCAAGCGGUAAUACUAGUGGCCACCAACAAGAUGUAGCCACUGGUGGUGGAAUAGGAACGGGCGAUAGAGUAUUUCCCUCCAAUAGUGGGCUAACGUUUAGCACGUGGUUUUGUGUGGACAGGUUCCCGCACCCUCCGCAACUAGAUAGCCAUCCCAUCAGGCUGUUGCACAUUGUCCGCUCGGAUGACGGAACGAUUGAAGAUGCGUCGGUGGUGUUUAGCGUACUCAUUCUACCUAGUGAUAAAACCUUAUCGGUAGCAACGCAAGAAUUUCCGUUCACUCAAGCGUUCUGCAAUGUGUACAAAGACGAAUAUCUGUCGCGUGUAUGGUGUCCAACGUUCCUGCAGGAGAGUCAGUGGCAUCAUGUGGCAGUAACAAUCGCAAAAGUUACCCUGAAAUCGUGUCUACUGUCAAUCUAUCUAGAUGGGCGCCAUGUCCAUACCCAAAAAAUACAACCUAUCAGCACGGCAUCUACAACUCGCACAAUGUCUAGCUGCGUGCAUGCAUUUAUCGGGACCCCACCUAUAUGGAGAAUAUAUUCCAAACUCAACUGGAAGCAAGGAGCUUGUCAUCUUAUCGACGAUACUUUUGAUGCCGCUUCAGUUGCUCGUGUAUACGUUCUUGGUCCACACUAUGUUGGCUCAUAUCAGGAUGUACGUUUGGAGGACAACGAAGAAAUUAGCCCACUGGUCCAAGAGGAGCGGCUAAUGUUCGGUGUUAACCCAAAGGCCUUCUCGCAUAUGACCCUAUCGAAGAUUCGCAAAGUUUACAAUCGCACAGACGCAAAGGCAAUCGGAAAGCAGCUCGGUAUGAGCUCGCACGAAAACGCAACACCCAUCGUGUUGCUGCACAAUUCUUCCGGUCAUUUGACCGGACCGUCACGCACCCUUGGUGGCGUACUGGUCGGUUACCUAGGCAUACGGCACUUUAAUCCCUUCCCCGUAUCGAUGACGAUGAACACGGUCGGUGGUUGCAGCGUGCUGCUCGGGCUGGUUGCCAUGUCGCAUGAUAUCGAGAGUCUUUACGCGGCUGUCAAAGCGCUGACCUGCAUCCUGCGCACCAAUAAAUCGGCACGUCGAGAAAUGAACCGUCGUCGGUACUAUCAGACGCUGGGGAUGUUGUACAAACGGAAAAAGGCACUUCUCAAUUCUCACAUAUUGCAUCUAACGUUCAAUUUGGUUGGUACAGUGCACAGUGGCUAUGAGACCUCUACGAUACCGAAUAUAACAGCGUUCCAGGAUUUACUAUGUGAUUUCGACAUCUGGCUGGACGGUUCGAAUGAUUUAAUCCGCUCUUUGUUAGAGCAUCUUUUGGAGCUGGGCACCGAGUCGAACGAAAAGUUCGCCAAUAUUCGAAUCAUGCAGGAUCUGCAGUGCUUGGCAAAAUUGUUAUUUAUCAUUGAUGAAAUUACUGACGAUAGCGCUCGGAAAGCGUUAUUUGCUCUGGCGCAUACUUUACUCGGAUACCAGCCGCGAUCAAACGAUGUUCUCCUUUUCGGACAAUACAUCACAAGUCUUACACCAACGGUUGACCAGUCGGCUUCGGAAGAAAACGUUCAAGAUCGACAGGUGCAGUUACGCAACCGAUGCCUCAGCAUUCUCCACCAUUUACACUUUGGCGCUAACAAUGCCAUUAACUGGCGCCUGUGCGAUGAUAUAUCGCGAAUCCUAGGGCUAGAUUGGAUACUGAUGUUCAUGCAACCGCAUCUGAAUCACUCGACAAUGCUUUGGGCUAUGCGGCUGCUUGUGAUAAUGUUGGCCCGGGAGAGCAUUCUUCCUCGUUUCCGCGAGGGAAGCGGUGGGUCGGCUGAAGAAGGCUAUUUAAAAAACACCGAAGUGGUUAUGCAAUCGCGUAAUGCAAUUUUAUUGUCAUCAGCACUGCCACAAAUCGCUAGUGGCGGUGGUUCGGGUGGUAGCAAUCCGAUGGGCAGCUCAGAUGGCAGUACCUCAAACAAGCAUCAGGUGCUGAUGGGAUUUCCUUACCUGGAAUGGCUUUUAUUGCAUCGAAUCGAGGUGCCUGAAGUGUAUCCCCUACUCGUUGCCCUAAUCAUAGGGUAUCCGGUGAAGUCGUCGAUAAUUCCCUCGGAGAAUAAAAGUCUCGAAGACAUCUGGGGAUUCUUGUGGACAUCACCCGGUUCGAGUGUGCUACCAACAAAGCAAGGUUCAGAAAAAAUAACCUUCUGCACCGAAGCGGUUUGUAUAAUUUUAAGCUUGGUGAGAAAGAUUGUACAUAGCCAAAAGGCAACCGACGAUGGGACUUUGGCCGUUGGAUCAGAUCAGUGGUUACACUCCCGUCCAUCCGACGUUGUGCGGUUGCUUGUGGCAUUUUAUAAACAUUUGCCCGAUUUCGCCCCUAUAGCGAUGAGCGGCGAGGUGAUUGUAGCGCUCAUAUCAGUUCUCUUUCCUCCUGCGGCGUCAUUUGUAAAAGAUUCAGCCGGAUCUUUAUCAGCUGCAUCGACACCGUUAGCCGCAACCGGCCAGUCAGUUUCUCCGGUGUUAAAAGAAUUGGAUAGCUUUGAUGUAACACCUCCCCUGGGCUCUCCAGUGACAGAAGAUGAUCAGCAGCACCUUAUCACGCUAGCGAACCGAUUUGGCAACGAUGAAAUAUGUGAAAAAAAUUUCCCCUACCCAAUUACGGCACAAAUUCUGGACUUCCUAUUGAAGCUGGUGGUGGACUCACUGUCGCUUUGCUACACCGGCAAAACGGCGCCAGUGAUUGAUGCCGUUUUAGAGUUCUUUUUAAUUGGAAGCAUUGUAGACGAUCGCCAACGGAAGCAUUUUCUAACCGAUUUUGUUUCCCUGUUAAUGGCACACCUCGUGUCGAUUAACAUAAUGCUGAGGUCACCUUCUUCGGCUGCUAAUUCCAGCGUUAACAACGCCGCACCGGGUGGACAACAGCACCUUGCCUCGAACGUGUUCUAUGUAACGGCGCGAAUUGUCGACAAACUCUGGCAAAAGAUGUUGUACCUAGAUGGACGGGAAGUGUUUGAUUACUGUAUACACUUGAUACAACAGGCUAAACGUCGUGCUGGCCAGUUAGGAUCCGGUGGAGGAAUUGGUAGCAGUGGGGGUAGUAUUACCUGUGCUAGCUCCUUAGAACCGUUGUACCGUUCGCUGAAUCGGUGUAUACUGUAUCUGUUGGCCCAUCCACCACGUCCCGGUGGGGAUGCAAUGUUGGUGGAGGUGCUGCAGAAGCUGAUGACUAAUCGACUGCUCGUGUUCGGUGCCGGUAAUCAUGAUCCCGACUUUAUUGGGUGUCUCACGUACUGCUUACUUCAGUUGCACAGUUCCGAUGGGCCCGAAAGCGGUGGUGAUCGCAUCGUGUUGCAUUCACCAUCGGCCCAGGCUGCUGCCCGAACCACGACUUGGCAUGUUGAUUCCUUUCUGGGCAAUGAUAGUGAAAAACAAAUCGCCACACAUAAGGUGGCCCAUGACGCGUCUACCUCAUCAUUGUCCCUGUCGUCGGAAUUGGUAAUGGCUUCGUUUAGAGUUUGGGAAGAGCUGUAUGUGUGCAAGAAGCCGGUCAUUGAAGAAAUAUUCAAAGUAACGCUCUCACAGCCCGUAAGAAACGCUCGUGCACCCGAUAUGGAUCGAACCCAAGCACAGGUAGCCGAGAUAUCACUAAAGCAUUGGCUAGCAUUUCUAGAUGCGGAACGUCGGUCAGCCAACCGUACGCCCUGGGAGGUACAUAAUAAUAUUCAAUCUAAAAUACAAAAGGUUACCGGUGGCUUAACACGUUUAACCAGUCGUUCAAAGUUGAAAAAAGAGUCCGGAAAACGGCGCGUGCAUGCGGAGGAAUUCCGGGGGGCCGACAUCCGCCAAAUAACUACCGCUAAACUGACCCUCGUUCGGGAUUAUUGGGAAUUUCGACUGGAACAGCAUGGUAACAGCAGUGCGCACACGAAACGCUACGUCUAUCAAGAUUGGCUCCAGUCCGAGGCGGAACUGAUACGUGAACGGGCCAUCUGGGGUCCGGAGUGCUGUGCAGACUUUACCAAGUGGACGCUGGACAGCACGGAAGGUCCUUACCGUAUGCGUAAGAAGAUGCUUAAGAAUGAGCUGUUCUACGUGCACUAUCCACCACGGCCGGAGCUGGACGUGGCUGCCGGUUGCGAUCAUCAAAGCCAGCGACAGCUGAAAUGUCGUGUGGCCAUCAGCCACGACAGUGGCAAAAACAGCAAGUUCGUUCAACAGUAUCGCAAUAUGUUUCCGGAGCAAUUUGAACAGGAACUGGCGGCCUUCAUUACGGCGGGGCAAACGAAAACGGAUGCGGCCACCAAAAAGUCGAACUUUUCCAAAUCGCAUCGCGCUGAGAACGGAAUGCAAGGUGACUGCUUGGAAAACGAGGAAGAUUUAUCUUCUUCUUUGCCGGAUAAUCAGGUGUUGUUACGUUUACUCGAGGAAAAAGAAAAGGUAUCGCAUAUAUUUCGUUCCGCACGUAUACAAGGAUUGGACACGUUCGAGGGUCUUCUCCUAUUUGGUAGGGAAUGUUGCUACAUUGUCGAUGGAUUUACGUUGCUGCGUAAUCGAGAAAUUCACGACAUUGACUCGUUGCCGGCGGAAAACUUUGAACCAAUUAUACCGAGCACAACUACUGGAAACAGCCAAAUGUCUCGUAGCAUACGACAAUGUUCGAAGAUAUUUUAUGACGAUAUUCGUGAAAUACACAAGCGACGUUAUCUACUGCAACCGAUCGCGUUAGAGGUAUUUUGCGGCAACGGUCAGAACUACCUGCUGAGCUUCCCGCAGAAAGUGCGAAAUAAAGUAUUCCAAAAACUAAUAUCCAUUGCAACGCACAUAGCCGAUAAUGCACAGCAAUCGGUGGCAGGACAAAAAAGGGCCGCCAGUGUGGAACAAAACGCUGGCCUCUUGAGUAAUCUGAUCGGCGAAACAUCGGUUACACAGCGUUGGGUGCGCGGGGAAAUAUCCAAUUUUCAAUAUCUGAUGCACCUAAACUCGCUGGCCGGUCGCUCGUACAACGAUCUCAUGCAGUACCCCGUAUUUCCGUGGAUUUUGGCAAACUAUGACUGCGACACGUUGGAUCUGAACGAUCCGGGAAACUUUCGAGACCUCUCCAAACCGAUGGGUGCACAGACGCAGGAGCGUCUGAAGCAGUUUCAGAAGCGCUAUGAAGACUGGGACGAUCCCCAAGGGGACACACCGCCGUAUCACUACGGCACGCACUACAGCUCGGCCAUGAUUGUCUGCUCGUACUUGGUGCGGUUGGAACCGUUCACGCAGAACUUUCUUCGCCUACAGGGCGGUCACUUUGACUUGGCCGAUCGGCUUUUUCACAGUGUAAAGGAAGCAUGGUAUUCGGCAUCGCGACAGAACAUGGCCGAUGUGAAGGAGCUCAUACCGGAGUUUUUCUAUCUUCCGGAAUUUUUGGAAAAUUCGAAUCGCUUCGAUUUGGGCACAAAGCAGAAUGGGGAAGUACUGAAUGAUGUAGUACUGCCACCGUGGGCGAAAAAUGAUCCGCGGGAAUUUAUCCGCAUGCAUCGAGAAGCACUGGAAUGUGACUUUGUGAGCCGUAAUUUGCAUUUGUGGAUCGACCUUAUUUUCGGUUAUAAACAACAAGGACAAGCCGCUAUUGAAGCUGUGAAUGUUUUCCAUCAUCUUUUCUACGAAGGCAAUGUGGACAUCUACAAUAUUCAAGAUCCUCUACAGAAAAGUGCUGCCAUCGGGUUUAUCAACAACUUUGGUCAGAUUCCAAAGCAAUUGUUCCGCAAAGCACACCCUGCAAAGCGUAUGGUAUCAACAAAGCAGUUCAGUAAACUGGUCGAUGUAAGCCCACUGAUUCCACCACUAUCACCGCUUGGAAAUGCUCCAACGAUAAGUAGCGAAAAGUUUUUCUUUUACCAUCUUAACAACCUUAAACCCAGUCCGCAACCCGUGAAAGAAGUAAAAGGGCCGGUAGGACAAAUAAUACAGCACGAAAAAAACAUACUGGCCGUGGAGCAGAACAAAAUUCUUGUUCCGAAUGCGUACAAUCGCUACAUCGCAUGGGGUUACGCCGACCACUCGAUACGAGUCGGUACCUACGAUUCUGAUCGGGCAAAUUACGUCUGUGAAAACAUCGAUCAUUGUGGUGAGAUCCUAUCCUGUACCUGUCCUAGUGCAAAGCUGUUGAUCCUCGCAGGCACCAGCUCUGUGCUAUCGGUGCACAGUGUCGACACGAAGGCAAAGAAGAUUAUGCUCAAACAGACCCUGUUCGGUCAUACCGACACCGUCACAGCGCUGACGUCAAGUAGCGCAUAUAAUAUAAUCCUGAGUGGUUCCCGAGAUCGAAGCGCAAUCAUUUGGGAUCUAUCACGCCUAACGUACGUUCGUAAGCUGGUUGGUCAUGCAGGUGCAGUAGCUGCGGUUAGCAUCAAUGAGCUAACGGGAGACAUCGCAACGUGCUCGGGCACCUGGCUGCACAUAUGGUCUAUCAAUGGACUUCAAAUGGCUGUCGUCAACACCAGCAUGGGUAGCUCAGAUCGAAUGCAGCAAAUCCUUUGUGCUACUUUCUCGAGCAUUCGGGAAUGGGACACAAAUAACGUGAUUAUAACCGGGUCUACUGAUGGUGUAGUAAGGAUGUGGUCUAUGGAAUUUGUUAAAGGCACAGGUGCCGAGGAAAGUAAAGGAAAUGUGCCCGCGGAAGGUGCUACGGCACAGGAGACCGGUGUUUUAAGACCCAGCGACGACACCAAAGACAAUAAUCUACAAUCGGCAAAACUUGAAGUUCAAUGGGUUCGAAAACUGAUCUUUAGAGUAGAAUUGACAAUGCAUACGGCGUACGAUCGGAAAGAUAAUAGUGAACCAGCAAGUAUUACGGCGCUAGCCAUAUCCAAAGAUCACCGUAGUUUAUAUGUCGGUGAUGCCAGGGGUCGCAUAUUCACGUGGUCCGUAGCUGAACCGUCAUUCUCAAACAGUGUUCGCAUAGUCGGUGGUUUUCUUGGCACAUCAAACGAUGAUUCUAGCAUGGAUCGGUUCUGUGCUGUAUGUCAGGGUUUGCUCACAACUCCCGACAAAAUGAAUACCUGCCGGCAAUGUGGGAGAGUAUAUUGUUUCAAGUGUGGUCGCCAAGCACAGGACAAUGGAAUCUUAAAUCUGAAGCAGAAAAAGGUUUCAACUCAUCCGACACUAUGCAAACAUUGCUGGAAUCAAUAGAUUGCCUAGACUGCGGAAUAGUAGAUACAUAUAUACUUUAGCAUAAUUGUUACAGCGAUGCAUAGAAACUAUUUUAUUUAUUGUGUAGGAAUCCGGAGCAAAGUUUAAAGAUUUGAUUUAUUCACACAAUUAGUGAAAAAGUAUUAUUUCUAGAAGAAACAUCGUGAAGUAUUGCUAGGGGAAACCCAAUGUUGUUAUUAUUCAAUUUACACUAUACGUGCAUAGGAUAAAUUAAGGUGGUUUAACAAGUCUCAUAUAUUCAUGUUGCAGCCAGUUCGUCUUUUAUCAUUUGCUUUAACAAUUAACUGGUAUUCAUGGUAACUGCUAAUCAACUUGUUUGAUCUUUUAAAGUUUAUUUAUUUAGUGGAUAAUAGUCGAGCUGGUUGACUAACUAACGGACACGUAUCUCAUGUAAUCAGAUUGUAUAUUCGUUUAGGAGCAAUAUAUUCUAAAUGACACAAAUUUUAAAAAAAUAUCGUGAAAGGUGGAUGCUACGCUCAAUCUGUACCGCAAGGCAAUAGAUUAGGACCAGUUUUUCUUCUGAUUUGCGGGAAGGUCGCCUGUGGAACUGGUUUCCUCGGGCAGUCGAGUAGCUCAUUGCGUGCAUUGUUGGUUUUCAAAUUAUAUAAAAUAACUAAAAGUCACAUGCGGCUAAAACCCGGUCAGCUCGAAAAUCGAAAGAUAGACAUUGUAUAAUUAUAUCGAACGUCAACAUUAACUAGUUCACAAUGCACAUGCAUAUCGAUUCUAUUAUGUAGUAAUUGUUUUCUGUAUGCGUCCCAAGUUUUGUGUAUAUACCGAAAUGUUCAUCGAUGUUUUAUAUAAAUGUAUUAG